CGCUGCUCAAACGGGGGAGGGGUUUCGACAGUUGCGUCAUGACGUAGCUGGCGGGAGUUGUGACGUCCGUUUCCUUGUUUUCAACGCAGCGCGGGAGAUUCAGGAGAAGAGGAUCGAGCCUGGAGUCACCCGGGGAAGUUUCUGGUGAUUUGUGAAAAUGCCUUGUGAGAGGAAGCCGAUGCGCUACGGCCACUCGGAGGGACACACCGAGGUCUGCUUUGAUGACUCUGGGAAGUUCAUUGUCACCUGCGGAAAUGACGGCGAUGUUCGGAUAUGGGAGAGUCUGGAUGAUGACGACCCAAAGUUCAUCACCGUUGGGGAAAAGGCGUACUCUCUCGCACUCAAGAACGGCAAGCUGGUGACAGCAAGCUCCAACAACACAGUGCAGAUCCACACGUUUCCCGACGGCGAUCCCGAUGGCAUCCUGACCCGGUUCACUACCAACGCCACACACGUCACCUUCAACAGCAGCGGCUCGAGAGUCGCUGCCGGAUCCAGCGACUUCAUGGUUAAGGUGGUGGAGGUGUCGGACAGCAGCCAACAGAAAACACUCCGGGGACAUGAAGCGCCUGUUCUCAGCGUCACCUUUGACCCCAAAGAUGACUUCCUGGCGUCUGCCGGCUGUGACGGCUCCGUCGUGGUGUGGAAUAUUGAGGAGCAGACUCAGUUGAUCAGUUGGCCCCUGCUGCAGAAGACCAAUGACAUCAGUAAUGCGAAGUCUCUGUGUCGGCUGGCCUGGCAGCCCGGGACGGCAAAGUUUUUAGCAGUUCCUGUAGAGACAAAGGUGCACCUGUAUGAGCGAGGGUCCUGGGAUCAUGUGAGCACUCUGUCCGACGAUCUGCUGACACAGCCCAUCAACGUGGUGGCCUGGUCUCCAUGUGGGAAGUUCCUGGCUGCUGGCAGCGUGGGGGGCUCACUGACAGUGUGGGACGUGAACAGCAAGCUGUGUAUGGAAAGGCAAAAGCAUGAGAAGGGUUUCACCGUGUGCGGCUUGGCUUGGCAUCCGUCAGGGAGCCAGAUCGCCUACACAGACACGGAGGGCUGCCUGGGCCUGCUGGACGGACUCAGCACCUCCAUAACUAACACCAGCACCACCAAGGCACCGGUGAAAAAGCCAGCAAAAGACUACGACGACCUCUUUGAUGAUGACGAUGAUGACAGACUCAUGGAUGAAGGUCUGAGCGACACCAACUCGCCAGUUAAGAAACCUGUCGCAGGGGACGACGACGAUGACGACGACGACUUCCUCAUGCCUGCAACCGGACGGGUGAGGAACAGAGGGGCGAUCCUGGAUGAUGAGAACUCACGAGACACAGGAUCCCUGAGACUUGGUCAGGACAGAUUUGGGGACGAUGAUGACACGGGCAGUGCUGUAGUGCCCGCGGCCGCCCCUCUGGUGCCCCUGCGUCCCGUCUACGAGGGACCCACGCCAACGCCUCCCCAGAAGGCCUUUCAGCCAGGCUCCACCCCUGCACAUCUCACUCACCGCUUCAUGAUGUGGAACUCGGUGGGGAUAGUGCGAGGCUACAAUGACGAGCAGGACAACGCCAUCGACGUGGAGUUUCAUGACACGGCCGUGCACCACGCCAUGCACCUCACCAACUCCCUGGGUCACACCAUGGCUGAUCUUUCCCAGGAGGCCGUGCUGCUGGCCUGUCCCAGCACAGACGAGCUCGCCAGUAAGCUUCAGUGCCUCCACUUCUCGUCAUGGGACACCAAUAAGGAGUGGAUGGUGGAUCUGCCGAAGGGCGAGGACGCGAGGGCGCUGUGUCUGGGUCAGGGCUGGGCGGCGGUCGCCACCAGCACACUGAUGCUCAGACUCUUCUCUAUCGGCGGGGUCCAGAGGGAAAUCUUCAGCCUGCAGGGACCCGUGGUCUGCAUGGUCGGACACGGAGAGCAGCUGCUCAUAGUCUACCAUCGGGCGACAGGUUUCGAUGGGGAACAAGCUCUGGGCGUCCAGCUGCUGCAGUUGGGUCAAAAGAAGAGGCAGCUCAUUAACGGCGAACCCCUUCCACUGUCUCAGAAAUCCUACCUAUCCUGGCUCGGAUUCACUGCCGAGGGGACCCCAUGCUAUGUGGAUUCGGACGGGGUGGUCCGGAUGCUGAACCGCUCCCUGGGUAACACGUGGACACCAGUGUGUAACACCCGAGAGACGUGCAAAAGCAAAUCCGAUCACUACUGGGUGGUCGGAGUGCACGAGAACCCUCAGCAGCUCAGGUGUAUUCCUUGUAAAGGCUCCAGGUACCCGCCCACCCUACCCAGACCUGCGGUGGCCAUCCUGCCCUUCAAGCUGCCGCUGUGUCAGACCUCCACAGAGAAAGGACUGAUGGAGGAGCAGUUCUGGCGUUCAGUCCUCUUCCACAACCACUACAGCUUCCUGUCAUCCAGCGGCUACGAGAUAAACGAGGAUGCACAGACUCAAUCCCAGAAGGAGCAGCAGGAGCUUCUCAUGAAGAUGUUUGCAUUGUCCUGUAAGCUGGAGAGAGAGUUUCGCUGUGUGGAGCUGGCGGAGCUAAUGACCCAGAACGUGGUGACUCUGGCCAUUCGAUACGCGUCUCGAUCCAGACGCAUGGCUCUCGCUCAGCGGCUCAGCGAGAUUGCCCUGGAGAAAUCCAACCAGAUCCAGGAAGAAGAGCCAGAGGAACAGGAGGAGGAGCCAGAAUACUCCAGCAUCCAACAGACCUCUGGGUAUGGCCGGAGCUCUGUCACAGGAGGACGUUACAGCAACAGACGUAAUCAGGAGGAGGAAGAGGAGCAAGGAGAAGAGCUCAGGGAGGACGAGGAUGGACAGGAGAUGGAGACGGAGGAGGCGGCAGAAACCAGAAAACGUGUGAAUCCGUUUGCUAAAGAAGCAGGUUCACCCGUGAAGCCAUCUCUGACGCCAAUUGGUAAAGUAGGACGUGCAAAUCCUUUUAAGGUGCUAGGCUCAGGGAAACCCGCGUCUUUGUCUGGUCAUCCUCGAGUGACAAACAUCCUGGACAACAUGACGUCCGGCAAGAAGUCGGCUCCACUCAGCGGAUCUGCGGUAAAACCAAACAAAGGCCCCGUCCUCAAACCGCUGGCCCCCAGGCCCAAGACAAAGACGCAGUCCACUCUGCUGCAGAUGACUGGCACAAAAGCAGCCAAUAAGAAGCCUCAGGAGAACACAGAGCCGGCCGCAGAUCAGCAGAAACAACCGGACGUCCCGCCUCCUGCCUCAUCUGCAGAUAAUGUCGAAAACAAGAGGCCGAAGACGGGCUUUCAGCUCUGGCUGGACGAGAACAGGAAGAGCAUCAUAGCUGACCACCCGGACCUGGAGGAGACCGACGUCAUCAAAGAGGCAAUGGGACGCUUCCGGACGCUGUCAGCAGAGGAGCGACUGUCGUGGACGGAAAGAGCAAAAGGCCAAACUGGAGACGCAGCAGAUCUGAAGAAGAGGAAAAGAGCAGGAGGAGGAGGAGGAGGAGGUGCGGAGAAUGAAAACGGACAAGCGGAAGCAGAUGAAAAUAGUGCCAAGAAGAAGAAAUCUUUGGAUCCCUCCUCUAAGCUUUCAGCAUUUGCUUUUAACAAAAACUAAACAUUUUAGUAGUUUUUUGUUUUGCUGCUGAUGGUUUUUGUUCAGAUUCAUGUGUGAAACCUAUUUUGUCCUUCACACAUGUUGAAUCUGUGUUGAUGAAUGUGUUCUCUGUGAUUUUGAGGCACUUAAUCAGAACAUUUAAAGCCCUUAAAUUCCUUGAAAGUUAACGAUGGAUCAGAGACAUUCAUCAAUAAUAUCCGUGAUGUUUUUUUUUUUUUUAUUUGACAUUCAUCAUAUUUCU